AUGUAUAUUCAGAAACCUAAAUAUGUUACAUUCGUACCAUCUAUCUAUCUAUCUAUCUAUCUAUCUAUCGAUUACAGUCUGUUCUUAUCUAUCUAUCUAUCUAUCUUUCUAUCGAUUACAGUCUGUUCUUAUCUAUCUAUCUAUCUAUCUAUCUAUCUAUCUAUCUAUUACAGUCUGUUCAUAUCUAUCAGUCUCUCUCUCUAUCUAUCUAUCUAUCUAUCUAUCUUUCUAUCGAUUACAGUCUGUUCUUAUCUAUCUAUCUAUCUUUUGUACCAUAUAUCUAUCUAUUUAUCUAUCUAUCUCUCUAUCUAUCUAUCUAUCUUUCUAUCGAUUACAGUCUGUUCUUAUCUAUCUAUCUAUCUAUCUAUCUAUCUAUCACAGUCUGUUCAUAUCUAUCAGUCUCUCUCUCUCGCUCUCUCUCUCUCUCUCUCUCUCUCUCUAUCUAUCUAUCUAUCUAUCUAUCACAGUCUGUUCAUAUCUAUCAGUCUCUCCCUAUCUAUCUAUCUAUCUAUCUAUCAACAUUUACUGGCCUGA